GGGAAUGGAGUAAACAUGCCCACCCCAACCAAGGUUGAGGGAAUAGAUGGAGAGACGGUCAUCCUGCCUUCUCGUUUCAAGAGCAAUGUCACCAAGCUCAUCGCCCUGACGUGGACUAAAGCGGCGGGGCACCUUGGUCGCUCCCGCGAGCCGGUGUUCAUGUACGCCCCGCCGUCUGCCAACCUUUCCCUGGGACGGUUAAAGGGCCGAGCAGAGCUCACGGACAACGGGUCGCUCCAGAUCAACCCUGUCAGCCUGGAUGACGAAGGCAUUUACAUUCUGACCACACUGCUAGAUGGGGUGGGGCAGGAGGAAACGUACGUUGAAUUGGAGAUCCACGUCCCCCCGAAGGUGACACUCAGUCAACCCAGUCGUCUGAAACUCCUGUGGAAUUCCAACCUCACUCUGAACUGUUCCAUCGAGAAAGCCAAGCCUGAGGUAGCCGCCAUCCAAUGGGCGCACGACGGAGUGGAUAUCAACUCGUCGGCUACCUACACGCGGAAGGACUCCAUAACCGGGGCGCUGCUGCUCUUUAACGGGCUGAGAAAGGAGGAUUCUGGGACAUACACCUGUCGGGCAGAUCACGUGGUCCAGCAGGCCUCGGACAGUGUGGAGCUGGAAGUGUUGUACCCUGCCCAGAUUGUGAACAUCUCCGGAGACCAGAUCGUCCAUGUGAGUGAGACGGCCACCCUGUGGUGCAUGGCGGAGGGCAACCCCGACCCCAACAUCACCUGGUUCCGUAUGGGCGACGACCAAUCCUCGGCCAUGGCCCUGUCUGAGGCCCGAGGGAACGGCGUGAACCUCGUCCUGCGGAACCCUCAGCAGAACGACAGCGGAGAGUACGCCUGUAUGGCCGGGAACGGCGUGGGGCCAGACGACUCCAAGUUCGUCAAGUUCACAGUCAGAGAGCCACAGAGGAUACAAGAUCCACCGUUUGAGAUCCCGCAACACUUCCUGAUGAUCGCGGCGGGUGCCGGCGGAGGCGUGCUGUUCGUGUUCCUGGUGUUCGUGGCCGCGCUGGCCUGCAGGGGGAGGAGCAAGAAGCGCGUCCCGAGCAACUGUCAACUGGUCACCAUCAACCCGCCGCUGCACUCGUCUAGAGGAAGUAAGGAUAUCAUGGCGCUUAAAGAGCUAGGUUCCUCCAUCACGUCCUGCAACCCCGCGGUCACUAGACCGGAGAGGAGAGACCGUAUCUUCGCCCGUGCAAAGAGCGACUACACACCUAAAGAGGAGAACGAGCUCCAGCUGCACGUGGCUGACGUGGUGCAGAUACUCAGCACAGAGAACAACGGCUGGUACUUCGGCUAUCUACACGGCAGGAUGGGCCUCUUCCCGGCUAACUGUGUCGAAAUUAUCAAGUUUGACAGCAGAAAACCCAACAAGCAACCCAUCCCUCAUGAUAGUCAUAUCCAGCGUCAUCACAACAACCGGAACCGAAAUCAGCAAGACGAAAACUUGAAGAGGUUCGCGCGUGCGCUCUACGACUACUACCCGCAGGAGGAAGGCGAGCUCCACCUGCAGGUUGAUGACGUCAUCGAGAUCGUGAACAGAGAUGACUCUGGUUGGUGGUACGGGCGGACCCGCGGGAAGGAGGGGCUCUUCCCCGCCAACUACGUGGAAGUUACCUCGUUGGGAGGUGAUCUCGAAGUGGAGCCCCCCGGGCAGGAGUGGAACCCUGUUUUCCCGUCCUGUGAGGAGGUGGACGCUACCACCCCGCUCAUGGACGGGCAUGCCCCCGCCAUGACUGACCCUGACCAGGAAUACGGCCCGUCAGAGAGUGAUGGUUCCCAGACCUACCAGCACCACCCGCACGAGUGGCGCAUCCAUCCGGACCGGGAAACGUCCUAUUCCGGAGGCCACAGCAGAGAGAUGGUGGACUUGACGGAAUCCGGAAGCACUUCAGACUACGGUGGCAGUGCCCUGAACGGCACAGAUUCCGGAAAGGAGAGUGUCCAGAGCUGGGCCGAGACGAUCAAAGUGAGAUGACGGCCGUAUUCCAAAACUUGAUGCAGACGGCAUGGACACAAUAUGUCAAGUGAAGAGAAUGCGCAUUUGACGACUGAUGCCAUAUUUCGUCCGCUCGCAUUACCCUGAUCAGCGAGGUCGUUAAGACAAUGGGUCGCCUCUCCGGUCAGUUUGAUGCAUCAGAUUACGGCACUUUCCAAGAUGCCUUUCGCCAGGUUUUUGAAAUGACUCACGGUCACGCAUAUGCAAUGUUGCCGCAGCAGCACUGGUAAAGAAGAUGCCAAUCUAUUAAUUCCGACGGACGCAACGGGCGGCUCCGACAUGCCGAGAAAUACGCAAGGACCGUAUGAUCAUUGGUGUUCUCUUGUUGUGGUGCCCUCACUUCAAAGCUUAAAGAUACGGGCAAACUGGGUGUGAGAACCCAUAUAGACAGAUGAAACAUUGUACAGGAUUGGUUGGCAGCAAAUGUUGAACUCUUCGGCAAUAUCUGAGCACUAACUACGACGUCUACAACACUUGCGUCUUCUGAAGGGUUAUUGAGAAGUGCAGUUGACUGGGAGACGAUCUGAGUAUUUCAUCUAUACCAGAUUAACAAG